AAUUCACCCAUAACCAUUUUAAAAUAUAACAAUCCGUACCCUACUAAGCAUAUUGUUUAAUUUUUCUACAUUUCGAAACCCCCCAUAUACUCUUGUCUUAUUACGGCCCCUCAAGCCCCUCUAAUAAAUCAGGGUUUUUCUCUCUCUUCAUCGCCAUACAUAAGAGAUCGUACCCUUCAUCCUCACCUCCUCUCCUUCUCCCAGUAGAGAGAGGAAACAGCUUUCUCUCUCUAGAAAUAUAUAUAUAUUUCUGAUAUAUAGAUUAGUUUUAGCUUUCCUCUUGAGAAGAGUUUUGUGUUAGAUUGAACGGUGCAGAGUUUUCCGAUUUGCGAGUUAUGCAGGCUGAUCAGACAGUGUUGAGCUUGAGACCUGGUGGUGGUGCCCGCGGUGGUAGAGUAACCGGCCCACGCUUUGAUUCUACGGGGGCGGCCAAUUCCGAUCUUCCGCUGCUGCGUCCUCAUGGCGGUGCCGCUGCAUCUUCCCUCUCUGCUUUCAAGACUGGAGAAUCUCGAUUUGAUGGCCACGAACGUAUUCGGUAUUCUAGAGACCAGCUAAUGCAGUUAAGGGAGAUCGGCAACAUCCCUGAUGAUAUUUUUAAAGUGAAGCAAGAAGUUGACGCUGAAUUUUUUGGUUCAGAUCCUAACUGGAAUCGUGGAGAGAAUAAUCCCCUGACCCAAGCUCAGAGUCGUUAUUCUGAACCGGACAACCGUGACUGGCGUAAUCGAUCUGCGCAAUUUCCUGCCCCUACAGAGGAGAGGUCAUGGGAGGCAAUAAGGGACAGAGACUUUGGUGGCCGGUUUGACCCAAGGCAACAGGAUGCAAACCAAUUCAAUAAGCAAAACCAGCUCAACUCGCAGUUCUCAAGAGUGCCCAACCAAGGGGCUGGAACUGCCGCUGCUCUAAUCAAAGCUGAGGUGCCAUGGUCUGCUCGAAGAGGAACACUUUCUGACAAGGACCGUGUUUUAAAAACAGUCAAGGGCAUACUGAAUAAGCUUACUCCUGAGAAGUUUGAUGUUCUAAAAGGCCAACUGAUCGACUCUGGAAUCACAUCAGCUGAUAUUCUGAAGGAAGUUAUAUCCUUGAUAUUUGACAAGGCAGUCCUGGAGCCAACAUUUUGUCCCAUGUAUGCCCUGCUGUGCUCGGACCUUAACGAGAAGCUUCCUCCCUUCCCAUCUGACGAGCCUGGUGGCAAAGAAAUCACAUUCAAACGUGUCCUCCUGAACAACUGCCAGGAGGCUUUUGAAGGUGCUGACAAAUUGCGGGAAGAGGUCAGACAGAUGACUGCUCCUGAUCAGGAGCAGGAACGAAGGGAUAAAGAGCGUUUGGUCAAACUCCGCACGCUUGGGAACAUCCGCUUGAUUGGAGAACUUCUCAAGCAGAAGAUGGUCCCCGAAAAGAUCGUUCAUCAUAUUGUUCAGGAAUUAUUGGGACAAGACACCAAGAUCUGCCCAGCCGAGGAGAACGUCGAGGCAAUCUGCCAAUUCUUCAUCACCAUCGGCAAGCAGCUCGACGAGAACCAAAAAUCCAAGCGCAUCAACGACAUGUACUUCAACCGCUUGAGAGAUCUGUCGACAAAUCCUCAGCUCGCUGCCCGUCUGAGGUUCAUGGUUCGUGACGUCCUCGACCUUCGCUCCAAUAACUGGGUCCCUCGACGGGAAGAGGUGAAGGCCAAAACCAUAACCGAGAUCCACUCAGAGGCCGAAAAGAAUCUCGGUCUGCGCCCGGGCGCCACUGCCGUCAUCCGAAACAGCCGGACAAUCUCCGCCGGAGGACAGGGGAACAUUAGUCCCGGCGGUUUUCCGAUGAAUCGUGCAGGCUUAGGUGGCAUGAUGCCCGGCAUGCCCGGGACUCGAAAAAUGCCCGGGAUGCCAGGCAUCGACAAUGACAACUGGGAAGUCCCUCGCUCUCGAUCCAUGCCUAGAGGAGACUCUCCCAACAUCCAAACUUCAGCCCGUUUUCAGUCGCCACUUGUCGCCAAAUCCCCCUCUCUGAACCCCAGGCUCCUCCCACAGGGCAGCGUCGGGUUCAUGGGCGGCAAGACCAGUGCCCUCUUGCAGGGCUCGUUUAGACUGGCGGGCCCGACUCCACCUGGCGAGAAGCCAUUAUCGUCAAAGUCGAACCCGGACGAGCUUAAGAAGAAAACCGUCUCACUUCUGGAGGAGUAUUUUAGCGUGAGGCUUUUGGACGAGGCCUUGCAGUGUGUCGAGGAACUCAAGUCUCCUGCUUACCACCCAGAGGUUGUGAAGGAGGCAAUAUCUCUCGGGCUGGAGAAAAGCCCGCCAGGUGUCGAGCCCGUGGCGAAACUCGUGAACUACUUACUCGAGAAGAAGGUGAUCAAUGUGAACGAUGUGGGAACUGGGUGCCAGCUGUAUGCUGCCUUGCUGGACGACCUGGCUAUUGAUUUACCAAAAGCGCCGGCCAAUUUUGGCGAGAUUGUCGGGAGCUUGGUUUUGGGGGGAGGACUGGAGUUUAAGGGGGUGAGGGAGAUUUUGGGGAAAGUGGGUGAUGAUUAUUUUCAGAAGGCCAUAUUUGAUUCGGCUGUGAAGAUUGUUGCAUCAGCCGGAGCUACAGGGAAAGAGCUGCUCGACUUGCAGGCGGCGGAUGUUGAAGCCUGCAAGAGCCUGUUUUAGGGUUCUGGUGGGAAAAAACCUCAUGGAUUUGAUAUUGAGUGGGCUGUAUAAUUUUAUUCUUGAGGUGGAGUCAUAGAUGCGCGUGUUCUUCCAGUAGAGAGGAAGCUAUAAAGUUAUUUAGAACUUCAGAGAGAUUUUGAUUCUGGUGCGGCCAUGGCUGCUGCCCCAGGAAGAAAAGGUUCCUUUGUCAAGGACCAAGUUGUUUUGUAUUUUAUUAGUUUUUGUUUGUUUUUGUUUUUUUUUUUUAAUUUGUUUUUGUCUUGACUUGAUUAAAUUUUGGUUAAAUUUGUGUCAUAAUUGCGACUGUGCAACAGUUAUGAAGAGAAUGUUAUGGUAUAUUGUUGCUCUGUUUUUGACUUGAAGGAAGACAUUUUUCGUUAUUGGUGUUGUUUUUGGUGUGUUGGUUUGUUGGCAGGGAGUUAAUAUAUAUGAUUAAUUUCAACUGCUAAGCUUUU